CCAGGAAAAGCCGGAAGUGCAAGCGGCCGUGCUCCGCAGGAACGCCUCUAGUCCUCGUCGGCCGCCGUCGCGGAGGCCGGGCAUGGGCGCGGCAGGAGUGUUCGCGGAAAUGCCGCUGGUCGGAGGUCGCGGUGGGGUCACUAGAGAAUCAGCCCACAGGUCCUACUAUAGGAGCAAGAUCCAACCAGUGAAGCAAGGAGGAGGUCUCAGGACCAGUGUGUGGUCAUUUGUGGGGACACCAUUGAGCAGAGACCAAGAUUUCAGGAACUGAGGGGAAUUCAAGAAGAAACUAAACACACAAGUCCCCUUUACUGUGUGUUUCCAGUCAUAGAAGAAAAUGCUUAAGGACCAGGAAUCACUGACACUGGAGGACGUGGCCGUGGACUUCACCUGGGAGGAGUGGCAGCUCCUCGCCCCAACCCAGAAGGACCUGUACCGGGACGUGAUGUUGGAAAACUACAGCAACCUGGUGUCAGUGGGGUACGUGGCCAGGAAGCCAGAUGCACUCUCCAGAUUGGAGCAAGGGGAACUGUGGACGACAGAACAUGAGAUCCCCAGUCGAAUCCGUCCAGAGAUCAAGAAAGAUGAUGGUCAUCUACAGGGGCACUUGCAAAAUCAAAGAUGUCCAAAGAGAAUGAAACAAUGCCAUGAACAUAAUGCAUUCGGAAAUGUCAUUCGUCAGAGUAAAAGUAAUUUUCCCUUAAGGCAAAAUCAUGAUAUCUUUGACUUAAAUGGGAAAACACUGAAAUCAAAUUUAAGUUUAGUCAACCAGAACAGAAGCUAUGAAGUAAAGAACCUCAUUGAGGUUAAUGGGGACACGAAAUCCUUACCCCAUACAAAGCAUGACCAGUGUUGUAUUGAAAUUAAAUUUCCUGAAUGUGGGAAUUCUAUGAAUACAAAUUCCCGAUUCAUCAAGCAUCAAAGAACUGAAAAGAUAGAGAAACCCCAUGUGUGCAGUGAAUGUGGAAAAGGCUUCUUCAAGAAGUCUCGGCUCAUGGAUCAUCAGAGAGUUCACACAGGAGAGAAGCCUCAUGGGUGCAGCAUAUGUGGGAAAACCUUUUCCAGAAAGUCCAGACUCACUGAACAUGAGAAAACUCACGUAGGAGAAAAGCGGUAUGAAUGCUCUGAAUGUGACAAAGCAUUCCCCAAGAAAUCACGGCUACUUAUGCAUCAGAAAACUCAUACAGGAGAGAAACCCUACGUGUGCAGUGAGUGUGGAAAAGGCUUCAUCAAGAAGUCUCGGCUCAUUAACCAUCAGAGGGUUCACACAGGAGAGAAGCCUCAUGGAUGCAGUCUGUGUGACAAAGCAUUCUCCAGAAAGUCCAGGCUCAUUGAACACCAGAGAACUCAUACGGGAGAAAAACCUUAUGAAUGCACUAAAUGUGACAAAACGUUCCGCUGGAAAUCACAGCUCAAUGCCCAUCAGAAGACUCAUACAGGAGAGAAAUCGUAUAUAUGCAGUGAUUGUGGAAAAGGCUUCAUUCAGAAGGGCAAUCUCAUUGUACAUCAGCGAACGCAUACUGGGGAGAAGCCUUAUAUAUGCAGUGAAUGUGGGAAAGGUUUCAUUCAGAAGGGCAAUCUCCUUAUACAUCAACGAACUCACACUGGAGAGAAACCCUACGUAUGCACGGAAUGUGGGAAAGGCUUUAGCCAGAAGACAUGCCUCAUAUCACAUCAGCGAUUUCACACUGGAAAGACUCCCUUUGUGUGUAGUGAGUGUGGAAAAUCCUGUUCACACAAGUCUGGUCUCAUUAACCACCAGAGAAUUCACACUGGAGAGAAACCCUAUACCUGCAGUGACUGUGGGAAGGCUUUUAGAGAUAAGUCGUGCCUUAACCGACACCGGAGAACUCAUACAGGAGAGAGGCCCUAUGGAUGUGCUGACUGUGGGAAGGCUUUCUCUCACCUGUCAUGCCUUGUUUACCAUAAAGGAAUGUUGCAUGCAAGAGAGAAAAGUGCACGUUCAGUCACAUUGGAGGAUCCUUUCCCAGAGAGCUACAGCUCAUCACUUUCCGAUGAUAGCGUGCAGGAGAAAGACCCUGUUAACACGGCAUCUGUGCAGAUGCCUUCUGUAGCAGCUCAGACUUCCUUACACCUCCGUGGACUCCUAGCAAAUAGGAACAUAGCCACCGUGGGACAGCCAGGUGCCAGAUGUGCACCGUCAGCAGAUAACAGAAUUUGCACAGAGAAACCUUUUGAAUGCAGUGAAUGUGGUAGUGCCUUCACCGAUCAGUUACGUCAUAUUUUAUGUCACAAAAAGCACACAGGAAUAAAGUGUGAUACGAUCAAGGUGGAGAACCCUUGACUAAAACUUCACUUCCUGCUCAUUAUUCGGCUGAUAAGUGUAUACGGAGACAAACAGUAUAAGGACCAGGUAUAAAGACAAAUAGUAUAAAGAUCGGAAAAUCCUUUGUGGAAAGAUAGACCUUACUGGUGUUUCAUAGGUCACAUAUCAUCAGUGAGCUCAUAGCCGGUAGAAAUAUAAUGACCCUGGAAAAGUCCUUCACGAGAAAUAAGACUUCAGUAGGCGUCAGAGAUCUCACACCAGAGAAGAACAGUUGGAAGAGCUCUGAAGGCAGUGAAUGUGGCACGGUCAUCAGUGGGGCAUUCUGCCUCAUCAGUUGGCAGAGGAAAUAUACAGAAGUAAAACUCUGACCUCACCAACUGUGGAACAUCUUCGGCAAAGUACCAGAAAACACAUAAAGCAAAUAAGCCCUGUGAAAAUGAGUGUUUUAGAGAUUUCUGCCACAAGUUUAAAAUCAUUUUACUUAAGAUAAUGUACAUAGGGUACAUUUAGGACAAUGUACCUUGAAUCAAACUCCUCAUUGAUAUGAUGGUCACUCUUUAAUUCAAAGGAGGUGGUAUAUAUUGCACAUCAAUGGUUAGAGUUAGGACAGUGCACCCCCUCCCUUUUUUGGGGGGCCGUGAAUCUCUCAUUCCCACCCAUGAUCAUUAUAUGGUUAGCUCUUGUGUUUCUUUGGUUCUAAAUUUAUUCAGUUUAUUUUAGGAUAUUGAAGUCCCUCCUUCAGCCUUCAAAAGGAAAGUGAAUACAUUUGAUUCAAUAAUGUACCAUCGUGUGUUUGGAUGUGUUUAACUUUGUAAAUCUCACCCAAAGGAACAACUGCUCAGAUCUCACAACCCGUCAGCCAGGUUCUUUCCCUAGAAGAUAGUUCCCAUCCAGUACACACACCACUCAGAAAAACUUUCAACUGUUUCCUUUACCUAGUGCUGUUCUAGAACCUACAGAUCGCUGACAGUGAUGAACUGAACAGAAGUCCUUGCUGCCUUUGAGCUAGCAUUUUGUUUUUAAGAUUGAUUUAUUUGAGAAAGAGAGCACAAGCAGGGGAAGUAGAAGGCAGAGGGAGAGGGAGAAGCAGGGAGCCUGAUGUGGGGCUCAAUCCCAGGACCCUGGGAUCAUGACCUGAGCCAAAGGCAGACGCUUAACCAACUGAGGCAUCCAGGGGUCCCUAAGCUGGUGUUUUUUUAAAGCUGGAUUAUAUGUGUGUAGCAAUUUGACCCUCCAGCAUGUGUAAUCAAAGGAUGUAUACACCUACAUUAGUUGAAAAGGACAUACUGUAGAAGAUACAAAGUAUCUUGGUAAUUUCUUGUUCAAGGGGCAUAUUAUCUGGAAAGGGAGCAGGAAAGGAUUCACUUAGUUUUACACAUGUAAAAUAGGAUAUGGAGACUUUUUUUUAAAAGGUUCGUAUCUUAUCUCUCCACUUGGAUUAUAAAUGUCUAUCUGGAUAGUUUAUAGUUUUAUAUUCCCCAGCACAUAGUAAAAUAGAAAUGAAUUACAUUGCUUUGAAAAGUGAUUGAAAGUGAGUGUAUGACGUAUUAAUGACCUAACAGACUAAUCAACCAAACAUAUUUUUGUCACUGAAGGAAAGGAGCUAUGGGAAAGAAAUUUCAAAGAUCAGUAUUAUCCCAAGAAACAUAAAAAAAAAAAAAAAAACAAUCCUGAAUAGAGGCCUCUGGCAAUAUAGAAUGGGCUGAUCAGCGAAGGAAUAGGCUCCACCGAACAAGCCCAAUUAAUGGAAGAAAAUGUAUGUCACUUUAAAAAUUGAGGACAGUGUGUUAAAUGGGUGGAGGUGAGAUUCCGUCAGAUGUCGUGGAGAAGAGCCCUGACUCUGUUCCACCGUCUGCCACCUGUUAGAGGGGCCAGAGUCUCAGGGAUCCCAGCUCCACUGUGAUGUGAUGAACGGAGACAUGAUGGAGCAUCAUCAUCUUCAUUGUCUUGUGUCAAUGGGGCCUGUGUCAUCUCUUCUGUACUCAGGGUUCUUUCCCUUGCUUCAGUAAAGAUCUAUCCAGCUUAAAAACAGUCCUACUUACAAGGGAAAAGAGUGGAAAUUUGCCAUGAAGUGGCUGUUUCAUAAUUGAAUUCCAAACUUGAGUCAAUUACUCCAUUCACUACUACAAACAUCUUUUUGAGCAUCUGCACUGUGCCCGGUACUGUUGUAGACAUGGGAUACUCUGGUGAACAAAACAUGCAAACUAAUGGCCUCUAACAGGAUGGAUGCGGGGCAGAUGCUCUUCAAAGAAUCAGAAAUGGAUUCUUCUUUGACUCAGUCUUCAAGUUCUUUCCGCUCCUUGUCUUGUGAAUCUGCACAUCCUAUCAUGGUGGUUGGCGUCGUCCUACUUAAAUCUGCAGUCAGUGUCCCUGAAUGGGUUGCCCAGCCUACCCUGAACCUGAGGACCAGGUGCUGAACUCACCUUUCCGAGGUUGGUAGCCCAGGUUACAUUGACUAUAGAAAGGAUAGAGCUUCAAACAGCAAAGGAAAAGCCACAGUGUGACCUGGGGGUGGUGGCUGUGUGUCAAGUGGUGCCUGAGCCUGUGGAGAAGCUGGAAACUGAAGUCAGCCCUGUGUGUGUCCUGCCCAGCUGAUGUGAUCGAGCCCCAGUAGAGAGUGGACAUCAAGGCUCAGGACUUGCUGACACUGGAGGAUGUGGCCGUGGACUUCACCUGGGAGGAGUGGCCGCUCCUGGCCCCUGCCCAGAAGGACCUGUACCGGGACGUGAUGUUGAAGAAUUAUAGGAACCUGGUGUCAGUGGGGCAUCAAGCUAGCAAACCAGAUGUGCUUUCCAAGCUGGAAUGAGGGCAAGAACUGUGGGCGAUAGAAGAGGAAGUCCACAGUCGAACCCAUCCAGAAGUCGAAAUUGUUGAUCAUCUGCAGUGAUACUUGCAUACCCAGAGAUUUCUAAAGACAACUAAAUAUGGAACCAUGUGUGAACAUAAUGUCUGAAAAUAUUGUUCAUCUGGACCAACAUCAUUUUCCUUUAAGGCAAAAUCAUGGAAAAACUCUGCUAUCAAAUUUAAAUUCAGUCAGUUAAAACAAACUGUGAAAUAAAGAACCCCAUGUGCAUGGUGGAGAUGGGAAAUCUUUUCUCCUUACAAAAUAUGAGCAAAUUCAUACUAAAAUGCCUGAAAUUGGAAAACCCAUCAGCACUAAGGCUCCCAUUUAUUAAGCAUCAGAGAACUCACAAAAUCGAGAAAUGCACAUAUACAGUGAAUGUGGGGCUUCCCUCAUCAGGCAUUCUCAGCUCACUGAAGAUGAGAGAAUUCACUGAGGGGAGAAACUCCAUGGUUGUAGUACAUGUGGGAAGGCACAUACCACAAAGUCUAGACUCACUGAGCACCAGAAAAUCCAUACACAAGAGAAACCUUAUAUAGGUGAAUGUGGCAAAGCCUGUUAUAGGAAGUCAGUCAUUAUACAUGAGAGAAAAGAAAGAGGAGAAAACCCCCGUUGAUGCACUAAAUGUGGCAAAGCCUUUCUCAUUAAAUGACGUCUUAUUUUACAUCAGAAAACUCGUACCUGAGAGAAACACUAUAUGUGUAAUGAUUGUGGAAAGGGCUUCACGCAGAUUAGUUUCACUGUACAUUGGUGAACUCAUACUGGUGAGAAACCUUAUAUAUGCAGUGAAUAUGGACAAGGUUUCAUCCAAAAGAUAAGUCCCAUAUGACAUCAGGGAGUUCAUACAGACAAGACUUCCUUUCUAUGUAGUGACUGAAAAAUCCUGUCCUCAGAAGUCAGGUUUCAUUAAACAUCAGAAAAUGCACACAGGAGAGAAACCUCAUAAAUGUAGUGAAUGUGGGAGAACCUUCAUCAUGAAACAACAGCUUGUUGUCCAUUAAAGAACUCAUAUAGGAAAGAGAUCCUAUAAAUACACUGGGUGUAGGAAAGCUUUUUCCUACAAGUCUUGCCUUAUUAAACAUAAGAAACGUACACAAAGGAGAAAUAUUUAGAUUCAU